AUGAUAGUGAUCAUAGAUCUAGUGUUGAUGCUCUUGAACCUGACCUACAGCAUCCUCCACGCGGUGGUCCGCUGUGCAGUCGGGCCGCGUCUGAAGUCCGUGUCCGGGGAGGUGUGUCUGAUCACGGGCGCGGGCGGAGGCCUCGGGCGGCUCUUCGCGCUGGAGUUCGCCAGAGAAGAGGCCGAGCUGGUGCUGUGGGACUGCAACACUGAAGCCAACGAGCACACGGCCAGGCUAGUGAGGGCACUUGGCCGCAAAGCGCACGCGUACACAGUGGACCUGUCCCAGCGCGAGAGCAUCUAUCAGACCGCGGGGCGCGUGCGGGAGGAGGUGGGCGACGUCACCAUCCUGGUCAACAACGCGGGGGUCGUCGCGGGCCGCCGGCUGCUGGAGUGCCCGGAUGAACUGCUGGAGAGGACCCUUCUGGUCAACUGCCACGCGCUCUUCUGGAUGACGAAAGCCUUUCUGCCAUCGAUGAAAGCCAAGAACCACGGACACAUCGUCACUGUCGCGAGCACUCUCGGCCUGUUCAGCACUGCUGGUGUAGAGGACUAUUGUGCAAGUAAAUUUGGAGCUGUAGGUUUCCACGAAUCUCUGACUCACAGUUUGUUAUCAGAGGACGGGCUGGACGGGGUGAAGACCUCGCUGAUCUGCCCGUACAUCGUCAACACUGGCAUGUUUGCUGGAUGCCAAAUCAGGAAGGAACUUCAAGGCCUGAUUCCAGCCCUGGAUCCUCUACACUGUGUUCAGGAGUCGAUGAAGGCCAUUCUGGCGGACCAGAAGAUGAUCUGCAUCCCCCGCGUGAUGUACCUCGCAUCCAUCUCACGCGCGUUGCUCCCCUGGGACGCCAAUGUUGCAACAUAUCGAUUUAUGGGAGGCGACAAGUGCAUGUAUUCCUUCAUCAAGACCAAACAACACCAACAGGCUGUUAACGGUCACACACACUCCUCUUAG